AUGUCACUUUCUCUUGCUUCUCUUGACUUGUUCCCUAAUGUCUUCUUAACCGUAUUGGCCAUUCUCAUAUCCGGUUUAGUUUCACUAACCAUCACCUACCGGAAUCACAAUUCGAACCGUAAUAACCUCCCGCCGGGCCCACCAGGAUGGCCGGUGAUCGGAAACCUGUUUCAGUUCACACGCUCCAGUAAACAGUUCUUCGAGUACGUCGAGGAUCUACGAAAGAUCUACGGUCCGAUUCUCACUCUCCGACUAGGUACUCGAACUAUGAUCAUCAUAUCAGACGCGAGUCUCGCACACGAGGCUUUAAUCGAACGCGGAGCCCAAUUCGCGACCCGACCCGUCGAAACUCCGACCCGGAAAAUCUUCAGCUCCAGUGAAAUCACAGUCCAUUCCGCAAUGUAUGGACCCGUGUGGAGGUCUUUGAGACGAAACAUGGUUCAGAACAUGCUUAGCUCGAAUCGAAUCAAGGAAUUUAGCUUCGCGAGAAAAUCCGCCAUGGAUAAACUCAUCGAGAGGAUCAAAUCGGAAGCUAGAGACAACGAAGGACUCGUCUGGGUUCUUAAAAACAGCAGAUUCGCUGCGUUUUGUGUUCUAUUAGAUAUGUGUUUCGGAGUUGAGAUGAAAGAAGAAUCAAUCGAGAAGAUGGAUCAGAUGAUGACGGCGAUUUUAAACGCCGUCGAUCCGAAACUCCACGAUUAUCUCCCGAUCUUAACGCCGUUUAACUUCCGUGAGAGAAAUCGCGCCUUGAAACUUCGCCGGGAGCUGGUGGAUUUCGUCGUCGGAUUCAUCGAGAGACGGAGGAAGACGAUUCGUAAUCCGGGAGGAUCCGAGUCGUCGUUCGCGUAUCUCGAUACGCUUUUUGAUCUCAGAGUCGUCGAAGGAAGCGAAACGACGCCGUCUGACGAAGAUCUCGUGACGCUUUGCUCGGAGUUUCUCAACGCCGGUACGGAUACUACCGGAGCCGCGAUCGAAUGGGGAAUCGCGGAGUUGAUCGCGAAUCCGGAGAUUCAAUCUCGACUGUACGAUGAGAUUAAAUCAACGGUGGGAGAUCGUGCGGUCGAGGAAAAGGACGUGGACAGAAUGGUCUUUUUACAAGCCGUUGUCAAGGAGCUUCUCCGGCGACAUCCACCGACUUACUUUACGCUAAGCCACGGUGUAACGGAACCGACGACUCUCUCCGGCUAUAAUGUCCCUAUCGGAGUUAACGUCGAGUUUUAUCUACCGGGUAUUAGCGAAGACCCGAAAAUAUGGUCCGACCCGAAAAAGUUUGAUCCAGACCGGUUUGUAUCGGGGCGGGAAGACGCCGAUAUGACGGGAGUCGCCGGAGUGAAGAUGAUGCCUUUUGGUGUUGGCCGUCGGAUUUGUCCCGGGAUGGGAAUGGCGACGGCACAUGUGAGUUUGAUGAUAGCGAGGAUGGUUCAAGAGUUCGAGUGGAGUACUUAUCCACCGGAGAGUGACAUAGAUUUCGCCGGAAAGUUGGUGUUUGCGGUAGUAAUGAAGAAGCCGUUGAGAGCCAUGGUCAAACCUAGGAUUUAA